AUGGCCAAGACUGAUCUCAAGAUGGUGCAAGAUGUUACAUCAGUGGUGCAGACCCUCCUACUGCAGAGGCAAGAUAAAUUUCAUUCCGUGUCUGACCAGAUCAUUGGAAGAAUUGAUGACACAAGUAGUUGCAUGAAUGAUCUGGAGAAAAACAUUGCAGACCUCAUGACACAGGCUGGAAUGGAGAACUGA